UUGAGCCACUUGAGCUAAAGGGGAAGGAAGAGUGUCCUCAACCGUUUCACAAGAAAUCACAAGAUUUCAGCUCAGACUCACGGGCAAACAUGGUCACCAUUUCCCUGCUCUUCCAGCUGUCCUUUACUCUGAUCUACAUGAAAGAGAGCCUUGGUGAGGCCUGCAAGGGGUUGAUCAACCAGACAGAGGAGGUUCCAGCGUUCACUACAGUCCAGGCCAUCACCCUGCACUGCCCUAUCCCCGACCUCUGCCGUAAUUCGGCAAAGAGCACCACCCACUGGUUUGUGUUCCGCAAUGCCUCUCACCAGGAGAUCAGUGCCCGGGGCCCCAAAUACAGCAUAGACGACAAGGACCUCACCAUCCACUCCCCCCAGACAAACGACAGCGGGGUGUACUACUGCGGCGUGGUCCUGAGCUCGAAGAAGGCCAGUAUCGGCACUGGAACGCGCUUAGUGGUCAGAGAAAAGCGCGACACCACCACCCAGACAGCACUGCUGUGGACACUGUUCGCUGUCCUGGCUCUGUACAGCCUGCUCAUUCUUGUGCUCCUCCUCUCUAAGAAGACCAGGCGAGAGAUCUUCAGAAGUGAAAGGACAAGCACCACAGAUAAGAGAGGCUCUGCCAGGAGAUUGCAGUUCCGCGCCGUUGUGCAAGAACUCUACAAGAGAAGGAACUUACGAGGCACAGGCCAGAAUACCACGCAGACAUACUCUCCCCACAGCAACGUUGAGCGUCCCCAUGCCUACUUACCAGAUGAGGAUGUCUACCAGAACAUGUGAACAGCUCAUGCAAUAGACAACAAUCUCCCUAACAUCUAAACCGAACUACUAUCUGAUGUCAUAGUGGCAACAGAUUUGGGAUGUCCAGAGAGAAAGAUGUGAUCUUAUAUCUUCAUGAACUAACCUGCACUGGGCAGAGAGAAUUAAUAGGAUGAGCUGGAGAGGCCGUAAACAGAAUCUGAGACUUCAACCCUUCUGCUCACCUACUGGUACCGGAGUACCCGGAGGAAACCCACGCAAACACGGGGAGAACGCGCAAACUCCACACAGAGAGGCCCCGGCCGAACGGGAUUCAAACCCAGGACCUCCUUGCAUCCGUGCCCCAUUUUCAACUGAAUAUCAGAAAAUUACUGUGACUAAUUUGUAGCUAACAGAAAUUUGUAUUUUCAGUGUGAGAAAUUCAGCACGUUUAUAUCCACAAAAUUAAUGUUUUACUGGUGUGUGAUGUUCAAGCUGAAUCAUUGUUUAGACAAAAAACAUCACUUGCAGUGAUGAAUAUAGGGGCAUGCCUGCAGCCUCCCUCUUUCUUGCAAUAUUGUUCAAUAAUAGAACAAUAAUAAUAGCGGAAUGAAAAAAGCUCCUAUAAUGUCCUCAGCAUCUGAAUGAAAGAGAAGGAGGCAGGCUAGCUAACGUGCUAGCUAGGUAGCUAUUUUGCUUAUUUUAAAACCAAGCUAGUUUUAAAUCUAAGUUAACUAGCUACCUAACUAUGGUCUCAAAAACUUUGUUCCAUAUGUAUUCUUGGAAUAUUGAGUAAUUAAAUAUCGCAAAGCUGGUAACUAAUUACCGUGCCUAAUGCUUGAAGAAAUGAGCAUUUUAUUUUGUGUCUGAAUGGCAAAGCAAGCAUAAAUAAAUGUGUCUGUUGUGUAGCAGGUGGAUACUAUUGCAUUCAUUUGCAUUAGACAUGCCUUGUGUGUAUUUGAUGUUCCCUUUCACCUUCCCUUUCACUCUUCCUGCUUCAUUGAAUUGUUUUUAAUAAACAUCACGAUUGUA